CGUCAGCAUCUUGUGGGCCCAGGCGCCGGGUUGGGUGGCCUGCGUCCUGCCGGGAGUUGUAGUCGGCUGCGCGGUCCGCGCCUGCGCCCUUCGUACUGCACCGGGUGAGCAGGGAGAGCCGUGGGCGCCGAGGCGGUGCCCCCCCACCCACACAAGAAUUACGCAAAGAAGCAAAUUGACAUCUGAGACUUCCGGCCCCAGAUAAAUUGUACACUGCUGGUAAGGGACGAUGGCUGUGGCCCUGGGUUGUGCAAUCCAGGCCUCCUUGAAUCAGGGCUCAGUGUUUCAAGAAUAUGAUACUGACUCUGAAGUCUUCCGUCAGCGCUUCAGGCAGUUCCAGUACAAAGAAGCAGCGGGGCCUCAUGAAGCUUUCAACAAACUCUGGGAGCUUUGCUGUCAAUGGCUGAAGCCAAAGAUGCGUUCUAAAGAACAAAUCCUGGAGCUUCUAGUGUUGGAGCAGUUCCUAACAAUUCUGCCCACGGAGAUAGAGACCUGGGUGAGGGAACAUUGCCCAGAGAACAGAGAAAGAGUUGUGUCACUGAUAGAAGACUUACAGAGAGAACUUGAGAUACCAGAGCAGCAGAUGGAUAGACAGGAAGUGCUCUUGGAAGACUUGGCAGCAGUGGGAAUGGCAGACAUGCCUCCAGACAUCUACCUGGAGUCACCCCCACUCCAAGCGAUGGGACUUGUCUCCGAGGCCCCGGUAGCAGAGGUGUGGAUCCCAUAGGCAGGGCCACAGGAGCUGAGCUACAGUGCUGCUGGGGAAGGCCACCCCUUCCUGGACCCUGGAUAUCCAAUACCAAAGCUUGACAUGAGCUUUCCAUUGGAGCAUAGAGAAGAGGCAUGGGUGAAGGAACUACAAGAUUCCAAAGAAAUUAAACAGUUACUGGAGUCCAAGAUAGGUUUUGAGAUCGGGAUAGAAAAUGAAGAAGAUACUUCAAAACAGAAAAAAAUGGAAAAUAUGUACCCGUUUCUUGUUACUUUAGAGGGGAAUGCUCUCCACGGUCCCAUUUUGCCAAAAGACUAUGUACAGUUAGAAAAUCAAUGGGAAAACCCCCCAGAGGAUUUACAGACAGAUUUAACAAAACUUGUAGAUCAUCAGAACCCCUCUGCAGGAGAGACAGCUGAAAGCUCCAGCUUGGAAGAACCUCUCAACCCUAGACCCCAUAAGAAAAAAAGUCCAGGAGACAAACCUCAUCGAUGUUCUCAGUGUGGGAAAUGUUUUGCCCGGAAGUCACAACUUACAGGGCACCAGAGAAUUCAUUCAGGAGAGGAACCUCAUAAAUGUCCUGAAUGUGGAAAAAGAUUUCUUCGUAGUUCAGACCUCUAUAGACACCAACGACUUCAUACAGGGGAGAGGCCCUAUGAAUGCACUGUGUGUAAAAAGCGAUUCACUCGGCGGUCACACCUUAUAGGGCACCAGAGAACCCAUUCUGAAGAAGAGACAUAUAAAUGCCUUGAGUGUGGGAAAAGCUUUUGUCAUGGAUCAAGUCUUAAAAGACAUCUGAAAACUCAUUCGGGUGAAAAACCUCAUAGAUGUCACAACUGUGGGAAAAGUUUUAGUAGACUGACAGCUCUUACUUUGCACCAGCGAACUCACACUGAAGAGAGACCGUUUAAAUGUAAUUAUUGUGGGAAAAGCUUUAGACAGCGACCAAGCCUUGUUAUUCAUUUAAGAAUUCAUACAGGGGAGAAGCCAUACAAGUGCAGUCAUUGUUCUAAAAGCUUCAGACAGAGAGCAGGCCUUAUUAUGCACCAAGUCACUCACUUUAGAGGACUUCUUUAAGAAUUAUUAUAGGAAACAGGUCCUACAGAAAUUGACACUAACUCAAAAACAAAUCUUAACCUGUAGCAGCAGUCUGUCUUGGAAGAAUCUUUUUUUGAGCUUAUAAGAGUAACUUUUUUUUUUUUUUUUACUAUUUUAAAAAUCCAUCUCCCAAGGCAUAUGAAUUCUAGAGUAUCCACCUAUUCUUGUAACUUUCCUAGAUUUGAUUUAUAUUGUCUGUACAACUUUUUUUUAUGACAAGGAAAAUUUUUAUGUCCCAAGCCAACCAUAUCAGAUGUAAGCAUAAAGCAUAUAGAUAGGGUCAAUAUAAUAGAUAACCAUGUCUAUCUGACAUAUCUAUUAUAGCAGCACCAUAAUUAUCUGUUGUCAUAAAGGUGAUUAUAUUAGUUCAAAGCUUUAUAUGUGUCCCAAGUUGCAAGAAAGGAGACAGUGUAUUUUGUCAAAUAAUAAAAAUGUGUCAGGAACACAUGAAUAAAGAGGAUUUCAUUUGCCUCAUAAGAACUGGGUUAUUUCCAUUGACAAUUUUUAUGUUUAAGGAAAUUAAGAUUUUUUUUUAAUUAAGAUUUUAACCUUUAAUUUUGAAUUCUGCAAAGUUUGCUAGUCUGCUUAGUUGGCAGCCUGGGGUGAUGCUGUUUAGAGCUAUUAAUUUGAUUUCUUUUGUUCAAAGAAUAAGUAAGUUCUAUGUGGGAGAAUCCAUUUGAUAGUUGAAGUCAUACAAAUUGAACCUAAUUUAAUUUAGAUUGACUGAGGAGCCAGUGCCCAGUGCUUUUUACUCUCCUUUACUAUUCAGCUAUAUGUCUCUCAGUGCUUUUUAAAUUUUGCUCAUUCUUUAAUUCAUAGCCUCCCAAAGUAUGUGUCAUAGAACACUUAGUUCUAUAAUAUAUUUUGAAAAUAAGUUUGGGAAUCCCUUCCUGCUGUUUCUCUUUUCUGUAUUCACAGUGCACAUCAGCAUAUGAGAAUCUCUGACAGGUCCUUCAGUAAAGACAGAAAAAGCACCUCUUUUUUCUCAAUGUUUUGCAAACCUAUUUGACCCCAGAACCCUUUUUCGUGUGUACCCAGUAACAACCCACAGAACUAGUAUUCUGAAAAUAUUCCUUGGAAUGUAUUACCUUUAACAAAUAUUUCUAUAGCUAUCAGUAUAGUCUUGUUGCUUUUAAGCCUAGUUAUCUCCAGUCGUUUCAAGGGUGUUAUGAAAAAUUCUUUACACAUAUAUGUUUUUAUGUAAUACACACUCAAACAUACAUACAUAUCAUUUUAAAGAGGUGAGGGUCACUAAUCCAGAUAAUUUUUAAGUUGCUCAGUGAUUCACAUCCUCUUUGAAUUUUACUUAUAAUCACAUACACACAUUGCUACUUAUAUAAAUUGUUCUUAUAUAAUCAUGAUAAUGACUCAAGUUUCUGUAGCAGGGGAAGAACUCUUUGUCAGUUAAAGCUGUUAAUACAUGAAAACAUUCAUUCAGCCUAGUUCCUUGUUAUAAGAUAUAACAAAUAGGAUAUUCAAAUAUUUUCCCUUUAUGAAGAUACCAGUCAUCCUUUCCUUAAACUAGAAUUAGGGGAAGUGUAUUUUUUCUAUUUCAUUGAAGUUCUUGGAAGUCAUAUUUAUUAUAAGUAUUUUUGGGGUAUCUACUAUAUGCCUAACUAGUCCUGUUAUAGGCUUAAUGGAAACUAUAGUAAAGAAAUUAAUUCAUGGGUCAGGUUCAUAAAGAGUUUAUAAUAAUUUUAGUUAAGAGUUGGGAAACAAAGGGAGAACAAUGCAAGAGAGUUUGUGUUAAGUGCCAAAUCAUAUCAAGUGCUAGAGCCAGGAUAUAUCUUUAAUUCUUGUUGUCCCAGUCCCUGUAUGAUGCUGCUUAUAAGUGUAGGGUUAAAAUUGAAAUCUUAGUAGCAAUAAAAUGUAAUGGGGGAGGAGUCGGAAUGUAGAGAUGAAAAAUACCGAAUGUAAUGGCUUCUCUUUUCUCUUGUGGAAUUGCAUCCCAACCAGAAUAGUGCCUUAGAAUGGAUGUUCCCAACUGCUCUGUAUCUAUGCAAUAUUUUAAUAAAGUGGAAAUAUAUAUGCUUU